UAUAGUUAAUUUUAAAUUACUUAAUAUUUCAUUAUUUAUUAUUUUGUUCAAUUUCUUUUUUUUUGUUAAUUUAUGGAAUAACUAUGGAUGAAGAAAUUCAGCCAGAUUAUUUAGCACAAACUACAAAACUAUUACACGAAAUUAAUAAUAGUGUUUUGGAAGCCAAAGAAUCACUCAAUAAGAUUGUUGCCCAAGUUGGCAAGACACCUAAAGGUAUAAGCUUAUUAGAUUUAAAAUGUCAUACAUUAAUGAGCUAUCUUGGUGAUUUGGCUCAUGUGAUAUUAAAAAAAUGUCAAUUUCAAUCUAUUCAAAAUGACCCAUCAAUUGAACGUCUUGUUGAACAACGUACUGUUUUGGAACGUAUUCGACCUCUUGAGUUUAAAAUGAAAUAUCAAAUUGAUAAACUUGUUAAAACUGCAUUAUCUGGUUCUGUUGAUCCAAAUGAUCCAGACCGGUUUCGAGCUACUAUUGAAGGUUUAGCAGAUGCAGAAGAUCAAGAAAAUGAUGACAAUUCUGAUAUCGAUGAAACUAGUCAACAUAACUCAAAAAAAGCUAAAGAUGGAGUUUAUGUAGCACCCAAAGUAACAGCUGUUCCGUAUGAUGGUGAUGAGUCACGAGUAGUUAAAAGACAAAAAGCACUAGAAAGAGCCAAAAAGAGAGCCUUGCAGAGUUCAGUUAUGCAAGAACUACGAGAGGAGUUUGCUGAUACACCAAUAGAAGUGCAAACUAAUACAGUUGGAUUAAAAAAUAAACAAUCAAAGUAUGAUUAUGAAAGACAAAAGUAUGAAGAAGAUUACUUUACGAGAUUGCCAGUUACCAAAAAGGACAAACAUAGAGCCAAACAAUUAUCAUCAAUUACCCUUGGAAAAUUAGGAAAAGAAGUAACGCAUUUUGAAGAUAUUUCAGCACUUGGAGGAAAUUUCAAUGAAAAAAGUGGCAAUAAGAGAAAAAAGAAGUUUAAAGGAAAAAAUAUGAAAAAGAAAAGGAAAUUUUAA